AUGGCGACUCACGACUCCGCAAAGGGGCCUUCGGUCGAAGAUGUCUCUCUCCCAGUUUCAAACUCGCCAUCUGUGGACGAUGCCCCACGCAAGUGGUACCGGUCUACGCUCUUCAACGCCUUUGUCAUCGGAGGCGUAGGCUUUCUGGCGCCAGGUCUAUGGAACGCCAUGAACGAUCUUGGCGCUGGAGGAGCACUCGACCCGUAUUUGGUUAAUGCCGCCAACGCACUUGUGUUCGGCAUCAUGGGUUUCUUCUGUUUGUUCGGCGGCCCGCUCGCAAAUCGCAUUGGCUUCUCCAACACACUCUUCCUCGGUGCUGUCGGAUACCCCAUCUACUCUGCCGGUCUCUACACCAACAAUCGCUACGGCAACGUCUGGCUAGUCCUUGUUGGCGCCGUCUGCUGCGGCGUCAGUGCAGGUCUCUUCUGGGUCUCCGAGGGGGCAGUGGCCCUAGGCUACCCCGAACCUGGCAAGAGAGGAAAGUACAUGAAUAUCUGGCUCUGGUUCCGCACAGGCGGUCCUCUUGUCGGCGGUGCCAUUGUUCUUGCACUCAACAACAACUCCGCCGCAAAGAAGAAGGGCAAAGUCGGGUAUCAAGUAUACCUCGUAUUUGUCGCACUCCAGUGCAUUGCCUGUCCCCUCGCUCUCGCACUCUCCUCGCCCGAGAAAGUGCAGCGCUCCGAUGGCUCCAAAGUCCUCAUCUCAAAGGAGAAAACCUUCAAAGGGGAACUCAAGGCUCUCUGGCGCAUCUCCAAACGCAAAGACAUUAUGCUUCUCCUGCCAAUCUUCUACGCGGUGCUCUUCAACCAGUACAGCAGCAACUUCAAAUCUUACUACUUUGGUGUGCGUGCCCGCGCUCUCAUGGGUUUCGUUUCCAACUUCGGCACCCUCCUCUCUUCGCAACUCAUAUCGAUGUUCCUUGACAACAAACGGUUGACUGUAAAGAAGCGUAUUACCUAUGGCUUCUACUAUAUCAUACUCUUACACGUUGUGGCAUGGGUGUACGGUUGGGUCAUCCAAGAAAAAUACACGAGAAGCAAUCCGGUGUAUGAUUGGGAAGAUGCCGGAUUCGUGGAAGCGUUCUUCGUCAUCGUCCUCUGGGACUUUGCCAGGCAGGCAUCGUCUAGCUGGCUGUAUUACCUCUUGGCGACCAAGACAGAUAACAUCUCUGAGCUCAGUCGAUUUGCGGGUGUUCUGCGAGGCCAAGAGAGUUUCGCACAGGCCGUUUCCUUUGGGUUGAACACGAAGAAAUGGAAAGGCGGUCGCGUGCCUCUGGGCGUUAAUACAGCUCUGUUGGUGUUGUCGGUUUAUCCCACCUGGCUUGUGGUUAGGGAUCAUGUUCCUGUUGAAGCGGCGGAUGCUGCAUCGAGGGUUUCAAUGCCAGGCGAUGAUCUUGCUCUCCAGCAGGUUGUCACGUUGGAAGAGAAGAAGUUGGCUGAGGGCGAGGCGGCUCCCGCAAGGAAUGUGUAG